ACAUGCACUUCCUCAUUGGCAGUGAUCGCGUCCGCACAGACACCCGCGACGCCUGCGACAGAAGUAACACACCACAGGUUUCGUUUCUAUUUCUUCUCUGAGCCUCGCAGAUGUCGAAGCCUCCCCCCAAGCCGGCCAAGCCAGGCCAAGUCAAGGUGUUCCGAGCACUGUUCAACUUUGACCCCAGAACGGCAGAAGAGCUGUUCUUUGAAGAAGGAGACUUCUUGUACAUCUCUGACACGAGCGACAGCAACUGGUGGAAGGGGACAUGUCGAGGACGGACGGGACUCAUUCCAAGUAACUAUGUGGCUGAGCAGGCGGAGUCUAUCGACAACCCGAUGCACGAAGCGGCCAAACGAGGCAAUCUGAGCUGGCUGAGGGAGUGUGUGGAGAACAAGGUUGGAAUCAACGGGCUGGAUAAAGCGGGCAACACUCCCCUCUACUGGGCGUGCCACGGAGGACACACAGAUGUGGUGGAGGUGUUGCUCAGCCAGCCCAACGUGGAGCUCAACCAGCAGAAUAAACUCGGGGACACGGCUGUGCACGCUGCUGCGUGGAAGGGUUAUUCUGACAUCGUGGAAAUGUUGCUGAACAAGAAUCCGAGGACGGACAUCAGGAACAACGAGAACAAGCUGGCCCUGGAGAUGUCCACCAACCCGAUGUGUGCUUCGCUCAUCAAGAAGAAGCAGGGAGGCAAUAUCACACGCACACUCAGCAAUGCUGAAGAGUAUUUGGACGACGAGGACUCGGACUGAGCUGGUCCUGUCGAAACACCGUCCCGGUCUUACUGUUUGGUUUUUUUGGGGGGGGGGGGGGGCCCGUGGAGUCGUGGAGCUCAGAGAAAUU